AUGGCUACUGCAGCAAGCCGUUACUACAGCGAAGACGGAAGGGCAACAAAGAGGCAGAAAACCGACGGAAUGGCCAGCAGUUACGAGGAUCCUCAUAAGCCUCUCCCAUCUCUUGUGGUGCAUGUACGGGGUCUUGUGGAUGGUGUGGCUGAAGCAGACUUGGUGGAGGCUCUACAAGAAUUUGGUACCAUAAGCUAUGUUGUUGUGAUGCCCAAGAAGCGCCAAGCUCUUGUGGAAUAUGAGGACAUGAAUGGCUCGUCCACAGCCGUCACAUACGCCGCUGACAAUCAGGUUUACAUCGCGGGCCAUCCAGCAUUUAUCAACUACUCCACCAGCCAGAAGAUCUCCCGGCCAGGGGACUCGGAUGACUCUCGCAGUGUGAACAAUGUCCUCCUCUUUACCAUCAUGAACCCCAUUUACCCCAUCACUACAGAUGUUCUCUAUACCAUCUGCAACAACUGUGGUCCAGUUCAGAGAAUCGUCAUAUUUCGGAAAAAUGGAGUCCAGGCCAUGAUUGAAUAUGCCAAGCCCACUCGCCUGAAUGUGUUUAAGAAUGAUCAGGACACUUGGGAUUACGCAAACCCAAACUUGGGAGGACCAGAGGAACCAAAUGGUGCAUCAGUCAAGCGUCAGAGACAGCCUGCUCUUCUGGGGGACCACCCACCUGAAUAUGCAGGAGGAUAUCAUGGUGGUUAUGAUGAAGGCUAUCCUCAACCACCUUAUGAGGGCCGGCGCAUGGGCCCGCCCAUGAGAGGACGUGGAGGAAGGGGAUAUGCUCCCAACUAUGGACCUCCACCGCCCCCACCCGGAGAGUACGGGGCCCAUGCUGAUUCCCCUGUGGUCAUCGUCUAUGGGCUCGAGCCAACAAAAAUGAACGCUGACCGGGUCUUCAACAUUUUUUGCCUUUAUGGCAACAUUGAGCGAGUGAAAUUCAUGAAAAGUAAACCUGGGGCAGCGAUGGUCGAGAUGGGGGACUGCUUUGCUGUUGACCGUGCCUUAAGUCAUCUCAACAACACUUUCCUCUUUGGACAAAAGUUGAACGUGUGUGUGUCCAAACAGCAGGCGAUCGUGCCUGGGCAGUGCUACGAUCUGGAAGAUGGAACGAGCAGUUACAAGGAUUUCCACGGCACCAGGAACAACCGCUUCACUUCUCCGGAACAGGCUGCCAAGAACCGCAUUCAGCACCCCACCAACAUGCUGCACUUCUUCAACGCGCCACCAGAUGUCACUGUCGAUGUGUUCAACCAGAUGUGUGAAGACGCCGGCGUGAAGAAGCCUGCAGAAGUGAAGAUGUUCACCGGGAAAAGUGGAGCCGCCCCCAGCGACCGCAGUGCCUCAGGCCUCCUGGAGUGGGAUUCCAUCAACGACGCCAUGGAAGCUCUGUCCAUGUUGAACCACCACCAGAUGAAGAACACAGCUGGGCCCUACCCCUACACUCUGAAGUUGUGUUUCUCCACCGUGCAGCACGGCACCUCCAACAUGUAG